ACGCCCUGGCACGACUGGAGACCCACGCUUACUACAUGGGAUCCCGCGACGUGUUCAAAUACACGGACGAGUUCGACGACCUUCUCGACUUGGCGGGUUACUCUGACAACCUGGUCAAGGUCACCAAGUACCGGGCGGGUCUGGACCCCAGAAUCAAUCAGGCGAUCACGACCUCCGGUAACCCGCCUAGCCUCACAAACUACUCGGAGUGGCGUACCCGCGCAUUCCGCCAGUACAACGCCGAGGUGGCUGCCCGAGCUGCACGAGGACAGGUGUUCUCUCCAUCCCGCGCUCCGCCUCCUGCGGCCCCCCGCCCUCGCCCCGUGGCUGCUCC